AUGGAUUCCGACCCACAGCAGACGAAGUCCCUGACGUGGCAGUAUACCCGCACCUCGGUCGUCAAGUAUGACCUACGCAUUCUGUACUUUCUCGGUUUCUGGCCACUGCUACAGUCGAGAGUGUUCCGCGCCUUGACAGCUGCCGUAGUAAUGCUCGGCGUGGGGCAUUUUGCAGAGGCCGUGAUAAAUCUUUCCACGUUACUGGGGGAUCUGGAGGACUACACGCUGGCUGUGUCUCACGUUGCUACCGUGUGCGUCGGCGCUGCCAAAAUGAUAUUUUUUGUCUUCCACGAACACGAGUUCUGCAAACUCGUGCGGUGGUUGGACGCACUCGUGGCUAGCCAGAUGGAGCACAUACGGGGUCAGCUUCAGGGCGAGGCGAUCUUCUACAAAGCCCAGAAGCUCGCCGCACGCAUCACGCUGUGCUUGUUAGCGAACAAUGUUUUCAUAGUCACGGUAUGGUCCUUGGCUCCCCUGAUGGCAUCGGAAGGCCAGAAGAGACUCCCCUUCCAGCAGCUUCCCUUCGCAGCUGCCUACACUUCUCCGCUCUACGAGCUGUCUUACGCACUCCAGACCGUCUCCGUCUUCGUCAUCGGUUUGAUCAACGUACACGUCGACUGCUUCUUCGCGGCGGUCAUGAUCCACACCUCUGCUCAGAUAAAUUAUUGGCCUUGCAGCUCCGAGAAUGGAGACCUGGUGAAGUGUCUGGCUUCUGCGCCCACUAUCAGCACACCGCUGCUGCUCUACUGCCUGGGGGCGCACAGCGUGAGGGAACAGGGUGAGUCGCUGUCGCUGGCUGUCUACAGCUGUCACUGGACCGAAGCCAGCACCGGUUUCCGUAGAGCGCUGCUGAUCGUCAUGAGUCGAGCACAGACACCUUACAGUCUCACUGCGGGAGGCAUCUACCCGAUAGAAAGGAGCACCUUCCUAUCGAAACCAAAAAUACUAGGAUUUUUCGGCAGCAUGUUUGAUACUCUCAGUUCAAAGAUUGUCUCAGACAACAAUGUUUGCAAACUACUUGAAGAAAGUGAUGAUGAAGUACAUCCAGACUUUCCAGACUUGGAGGAAAGUGAAAUGGACUUGAGUGAUCAAAACAUUGAAUAUGAGGACCAUGGCAGUGGAUCUGAACUUGAAGAAGAUGAUGAUAAAGUUCUCUAA